GCCUGUUGCGCUCGGCAAUAUGAACAUGUUCUAACGAUGAAUUGUUUAUGUUGGUUAGUCUCUGACGGUGUUUCAGAGAUCUCUGACCACCAUGCAGAUCCAGAUCCAGGGCCUGCUGCAGUUUGCUGUUCCCCUCUUCCCCUCUGCAGAGGGCGACCUCCAGGGCAUCCAGAACCUGCUCAACUCCUCGGAGGCUAGCCUGCACCAGCUGACCGCCCUGCUGGACUGCAGGGGGCUCAACAAGGACUACCUGGAUGCGCUGGUGGGCGUGUGCUACGACGGCGUGGAGGGCCUCCUGUACCUGUCUCUCUUCUCCAUGAUGGCCGCCUGCUCCUUCUGCAUCAUGCUGUGUGCCAUUCCGCGGGCCUGGAGACAGAUCGCCGCCAGGGAGCGGGACUACGACGACAUGGACGACGAGGACCCCUUCAACCCACGGGCCCGCCGGGCCGGCCACGCCCCCAACCCCGCCCACCCCAACAUGCACAGCUUCUGCAGCUACAGCAGCAGCAUGGGCAGCCAGAGCAGCCUGCACCCCCCCGCCCUGCCCACCGCCCUCUCCAACGCCCCUGUCGCCCCCGACUACAUGAACCAGGUAGCUCUGUUUGGGGGGAACCCGCGCUACGAGAACGUGCCUCUGAUUGGUCGAGGCUCACCGCCCCCCUCGUACUCCCCCAGCAUGAGGGCUACCUAUCUCUCCAUGACCGAGGAACAGAGUAGACACUUUGGGAAUGACUUCCGGGCAUAGACUGUGCGUCCUCCUCCUCCUCCUCCUGCUCCUCCUCCUCCACCACUUUCCCAGUGCCUCCUCCUGCCUGCCUGCUUCGUGCCCCCUCCCCAACACAGAGACUCCUCAGCAUGGGACCCCCCCAAAGCAGACAACGUUGUGUCCCCCUCGGGUCAAGCCGGCGACGUGAUUGGAGGAACAGCCAUCUCACGUUUUUGGAACAAAAGUUUUUUUUGACGUCCACGAAGAGCACCACUUGAACUCGACAUGAUUGUUUGCGUCGCCUGCGUUGGUCGGAUUCUUCGGACCCGCGACUCCCUUCUCAGACCCAAACACUUUUUACCACGAGAUAAAAGCAACAGAAACGCUGAUAUGCUGUCGACUUCGCCCUUGAUUGUCGCCCAGUGGCUUGCUGCUCGGACCAACAAUAUAGGAAAGGGUGUGCGAAGAAGGUCUGGGGUGAGGUCAAAGGUCAAAGGCUGCUUACUGUUUCCACUAAAUAACCUGCAAGCUGGAAAGGGACGGAUGACGGAUGAGGAUGAAAAGGUCUUUGACCGGAAGGGUGAUUUCUUGAAAUACUACUGAUUCUAAACGGUGUCCAUGAAAUGAGAUGGGGAUGGAGAGAGAGCGUGUUUUUUUUUGCCUAUUAUUUCUAUGAUUCCUGUUAUUAUUAAGCUGGCCUUUUGACCCAGGGCCGAUUCAGCAGUGAAAAGAUGUUUGGUUCUCUGCCAUAAAAUUUGCCAAACGAGAUUUAUUUUCAUUGUUUUCCGAAACGAAUCAUAGAGAACCCUUUGUUAGAUUAUAUUUUAGGCGGAUUAGAUACGAAGCAAAUAUUGCAGAACGACAGAAGUGGGAGGUUUAACAGAUAAACGUGCGUGGCAGCAACAUGUGCGUAUUUCCUGUGCGUUGUGAUUGACCUGGGUUUUCUUUUGUGAAGGCACAAAAACAAACUGUAAGCAUGUUGAAGAUAUAUCCUAAGGUGUAGCUAUCCUGUCAGUUGUUAUAAAUGUAUUACAGAUGUGCACACACAUACGCCCGCCCGCGCACACACACACACACACACACACACACACACACACACACACACACACACACACACACACACACACACACAAAGACAAAUGUAUUUCUUUUUGCUAUCUCACACUCUGUAAAUAACAUUGACAGUACAACUAGGACUUUUGCCUUUUGUUGUAUGAACAUAAUUUUAUUUUAAUUAUCUGUGUUUGUCCCAGUGUCACUCUUAGUAAUAAUAUAGAGUUGUGUUCUAUUCUUUGGCCUAGUUUUGGUACACAUUGCAUUUUUGAGAACCCCCUGUAUGAUGUAAUAUAUGAUACAAUCUCGUACAUAAAGUACAACUAAUACUAAAUAAUGCCAAAUGUUUAACAUGACUUUAGAAGUUGUGUUAAUCAGACUAUGAUAUAGGAUGACCAAGAUUUAGAAACUUAACCCAACUAAUUGUAUUGUCCUCAGUCUCAACUAAAAAAUGUUCAGCAAUAUUAUCACAUUGUUUGCCUUUGUUGUUCUCAAAUUGAUCUUAAACAGCUUACAUGUGAAUUUUGUAAUUAUUUUAUUUUUUGAUACAGUUGAUUAGGUGUUAUUUUUCCCCCAUUGCAUGUUUCACUGUCGCCUACCGCCAUGGUGCCAGCAUGGUGCUUAACUUUAUGUGCGAGGUCCAUAGAUAAUUGUGAA